AUGACAUCAGCUAUCACUCGGUUUCUAACAUUUUCGGACGAGAUUAUUCUCAACAUUUGCAGUUAUCUACGUCCCAUUGAUGUUUUACAUUCAUUCACGCGUCUCAAUCGUCGAUUAAACAAAAUAAUCGCACAGUAUCGAAAAGAAUGUCUCAUUAUAUCAGACUUGUCAUAUUCUCGUUUUCUUAGUCUCUCCGAAUGGACGAUACCGUCAAUCGGUUCUCAAAUUCGAAGUUUGCUCUUAAAUACUAAACAUUCAUUAAAUCUAUUGAAAAUUUUGAAUGAAAAAAUAGAGUUUGAUGAAUUAUUUGUUAAUAUUGAACAUUUAUUCCUAAUUCUUAUUGAUCAAAAUGAUAAUGAUGAAAUUGAUAUACUCUUGUCAAAAGUCGAACGUCUUCAAAUGUUAUGUGAACUUGAUAUUGUUACAUGUAAAGAUUCAAUUAGCUUAGAUACAGUCAGUGAUCAAUUGAUCAAAGUAUCAAUUAAAUCGUCUCUAGAUCAAGGAAUAUCUAUUCAUUUAUCAAUGUAUACUAUUAAAGAUUUGGUUGUGACCCUGAAAGAUGUUACAAAUCUAAUUGACAUACUCAAUUCUUUUACUAAUCUUCGACGUCUUCAUGUAACAAUUCUUCCAAUACAUUUACAAAAUUCUAUUAAAAACGUUCAAAAAAACUCUUUUGACAUUAUUCGUUCUAAACCAUCCGAAUAUCUAGUUGAUUUUCAUUUAAAAAUAGAUUCAAUAGAUCUUUCUUUUACUGAUUUGCGCACACUUAUCAAUCCGAUGACAUCAUUAAAAAUAUUAUCAGUUGUACUACGUGCAAAUGAUGGAAAUUAUCUUGUUGAUGAACAAUGGAUUGAUUGGUUAUCUGAUUUUUCCACAAUUAAUCAAAUUUCAUUGUUCAAUUCGAAUAAAAAAUAA